AUGCCCGCGACAACCGUCUUCAUAGAAUCUUGGUUUCUUCCCGUCGAAAUUCUUAAAACUAUCUGUACAUUUCUAACAAUUGUUUGUUGUGCAAUAUGUUUAUGUAUUAUUCUGCUGAAUAAAACAUGUCAUACAUUACCAAUGAUCUUAACUGCGAAUACUUAUGCUUCAACGCUAGCUUUCGCAUGUUCUAUGCUUAGUACAAGUAUUGCUACUAUUGAACAUGAUUUGAAGCAAAUUUAUUAUCAGGAUCUACUAUGUAUUAUCCAAUGUUAUGCAGGCUAUGUGACCGUUUUUUGGCUUAACUAUUCAUUUUCAAUCGAAGCUAUGUAUCGAUAUGUGAUUGUCAUGUAUCCGACUCGAUUAUUUUUCUUAACAGUUAAGUUUUACACAAUCAGCAUAUGCCUCUCAUGGAUAUGUGGCGUUCUAUGCGCAUUGGUAUUUCCUUUUUUGGGUGACAUUGUUUAUAACGUUGACAAUCAAAUAUGUCAAAUACCACUUCGACCUUCAUUUUCAUUAAUUUAUUCUGUGUCAUGUAUCUAUCUUAUUCCAUUGUCAGUAACAAUAUUUAUCUAUCGCCGAUUAGUACACUACGUGAAACAAAUGAGUAAACGAGUAACACCAAUCUAUGUCAUAUCUCGUGUUCAACGAGAAGUGAGAAUGGUUCGACACACGGUUCUACUAGUUAUGCUAUUCAUUUCACUUGGUACCCCCUACACAAUAUUCAUUGUUCUGUCAUUCUUUCACAGUGCGCCAAAAUAUCAUUUUCGAUUGGCUUAUAUCUCUAUUGAUAUCUCACUGCUGUUAAUGGUGAUCGUUUUGUUCUACUUUAACGAACCAUUGAAAACAGUUGUAAAGAAAAAACUUCGCCGGCGAACAAAUGCAGCGAUGACAAUUGUGCUGUGA